AUGCUGUCAGGGGAGGCAUCGUCUCUAGAAGCGCCUUUCUCGGAAUAUGGGAUUAAAGCAGCCAUAGACUCGUUAGGUGGAGACAAGGCUCCUAGUCUUGACGGUUUUCCUAUAGCGUUCUUCCAGAAUUUUUGGCAAACUGUUAGAAAGGAUGUUAUGGAGUUCAUUUAUAAAUUCUUCGAGCGGGGUUGGUUAUCAGUAGACUUGGGAGCAUUGUUUAUGGUCCUUAUUCCUAAGUUGGAAGGAGGGUCCUCUCCAAGAUUAUUGUCGUCAAUCAAGGGGCUUAUGUUAUGGGUAGCCAGAUUCUCAACAGCACCCUUAUCGCCUACGAAUGCAUCGACUCUAGACACAGAGAAAGGCAGCGGUCUGGUGUGUAAAUUAGAUUUGGAGAAGGCGUACAAUCAUGUAGAUUGGGAAUUCUUAGAUUAUAUGCUGGCUCGCUUGGUUUGUGGUCAAAAGUGGAGAGGUUGGAUGCGUAAAUGUGUUCAGUCCGCCACCUUUUUGGUGAUGGUGAACGGAUUGCCUAAUGGCUUCUCCAAGGAUCCCCUUACCUCUUCGUGA